AUGCACGCCAUCGGGACAAGCCACAACUGCUUCUCAUGCAUCCAGGCGGACGAGCUACAUGAAAACAGACAUCGAAGGAUCGCAGAGCUCCUUGCAGAGUACAAGAUCGCAACUGGAACAGGCCCGAUCUCGACCAGGACCAGAACUAGGUUGGAGGAACUGCCCGUCAACGUCCCUUAUGCUCAGCAAGAAGUCCGUCAAUUUGAUCUUCUGGAUGGCGAGCUCGACGAUGAAGGCAAUGACGACGCGCAAACUGUCACCGACACCACAGCAAGCACGGCCGAUGAUAGCGAACGUGCUCUUACUGCUCCUGCCAAGAUGACCAAGGCCGAGGUCCGCGCCAUGAAGAAAGCUUCCAAGGCCGCAAAAUCACAGUCCAAAGCUGCUAAGAACCAGCAGAGGCAUGUCAUCAAUGUCCGGGCUGAAGACGUCUCCUUCGUGGCAAAGGUCUUGCACGGCGACGCUGCGAAUGCACAAGGCCCAGCAAGUGCUACACAUCCAUUGGCCACCGACAAGACCAUCGAGGAAGUCAUUGCCCGCAACAUGGGUUUUUUGUCGAGUAUUGACGAGCACAAGAAGGCGUUGCUGUCAAGCAUUGCACAGAGGAGAAGGAGUGACCGGGACAGGUGCAAGAGUGCAUCUGCUACGAGCAGUGGUGGUUCAAAGAAGCGGAGGUUCAGUGAACGUGUGAAUGACGAGAACCCAGCUGAUGAAGAGAUGGACGAUCUGCUUGUCGCUGUGCUGGGUAGGCUGGGGGUAGAUGCCGAACAUGCCCGGUCUUGUGGCACGUCCCUUGCUGUCCCGGUUGUCAAUGGUGGUGCUGCCAGAAAAGACGGAGCGGUUGCCGACAAGGACGUUGUCUGCAGGCCACAUCAGGUCACUUCCAUCAUUGCUAAUCUCAAAGGCCUAGUGCGAGAUGAUUUGGAACGGUUCGAGAACGAGCAGCGCGAGACAUGUGUCCGAGCCGGUGGUUUCUGGAGAUAUGUCGGCAGGCCGGUCUUUGAACGUAUGACGCAAAUCGCAAAGGAGCUGGACUGGAAGACAGGGAUGAAAUUGAAGGAAAUCAACGGCCAUAGGGAACGGGCCGAUUGA